GUUCCAGCACGGUUUGGGGUUUAACGAAUAUUUGAUUUCAAUGCUUUCACGUUAAUUAGAAGGGAAGACUGGAAGAGGAGCUUGACGAAUAAUUUGCCCUUCUCCACCCGCUUAAUCUUUGCUAAAAUCCUCCUACAACAGCAAUGGCGGGUGGACAACCGGAGAGGGAAGACAAGGUUUCGCUGGAACUAACCGAAGAGAUUCUACAGAGCAUGGAAGUCGGCGUCACCUUUCGCGAUUAUAAUGGAAGAAUCAGUUCAAUGGAUUUUCAUAAGACAUCACCUUACCUGGUCACUGCCAGUGAUGAUGAAUCCAUUCGUUUGUAUGAUGUUGCAACAGCAGCGUGUUUGAAGACAAUUAAUAGCAAAAAGUAUGGUGUUGAUCUGGUUAGCUUUACUUCCCAUCCAACAACUGUAAUAUACUCUUCAAAGAAUGGGUGGGAUGAAUCUCUGCGGCUUCUCUCGUUGCAUGAUAACAAAUAUUUGCGGUAUUUCAAGGGUCAUCAUGACAGGGUUGCCUCACUUAGUAUGUGCUCCAGAAAGGAGUGCUUUAUUUCUGGCUCACUUGAUCGAACUGUUAUGCUCUGGGACCAAAGAGCUGAAAAAUGCCAGGGCCUUCUACGUACACAAGGAAGACCAGCUACUGCUUAUGAUGAGCAAGGGCUUGUUUUUGCAAUUGCUUUUGGUGGAUACAUAAGAAUGUUUGAUUCACGCAAGUAUGAAAAGGGCCCAUUCGAAAUAUUUUCAGUUGGUGGAGAUGUAUCUGAUGCAAAUGUUGUCAAGUUCAGUAGUGAUGGCAAACUUAUGCUUUUGACAACUUCGGACGGAAAAAUUCAUGUCCUUGAUUCAUUCCGUGGCACACUUUUGUCAACAUAUAAUGUCAAGCCUGUGUCAUCCGAUUCAACCUUGGAUGCAACUUUUAGUCCAGAAGGAAUGUUUGUUAUAUCAGGUUCAGGGGAUGGCAGUGUCUAUGCUUGGAGUGUUCGGAGUGGCAAAGAAGUUGCUUGUUGGAUGAGUACAGAUUCUGAACCUCCGGUUAUAAGAUGGGCUCCAGGAAGCUUGAUGUAUGUUACUGGUUCUUCUGAACUAUCAUUUUGGGUUCCAGACUUAUCAAAAUUGGCUGCUUAUGUGGGAAGGAAAUAGGAGCUUCUCCUAAAUGCUCCCCUAUUAUUUUUUUCCCUGGGUCUCAGCUUUUGAGAGGUACUUUAUCGAGCAUUAACCACUCAUGCGCAUGGCAGAAAUAUUCCUUUCCAUUAUAGUUAGUACAUGGUGCAUCAGAGAACAGUGCUGGACUUUCGACAUGCCUUUCUUGCUGCAACUUUCCUUGGAUCUUUACCCCCUGGAAGUCAACUCUUGAAGUUUCAUCUGCACAUUUGCUCUGGUUAAUGGAUGAGACUAAAUAUGCUCAUCAGCCAGUCUUUGGGUACUAAAAUGUCAUGUAAUACAGCUCUUUUACCUUGUUGAUUGUAUAUUUAGGAUUCUAGCUAGUUUAGUUUCUAAAUUAUACUAUUCCAAUUACUAUCUGCAUUAACUUGUGAUUGUAAUUAUUCAAAACACUCAAGGCACAUUGUGAACACUUACACACUUGCGCAAUGACA